CUCGCGCAGGCGCAAACUUUCUCCCGCCGUGUCUUUUACUUUUUUUUUUCUUAGCCGCGGUCCAGGCGACUCCUCCCAGCGCUCCACCGGCGAGGCGGCUUAUUUCGCCGUGCGAGCAACAACGCCCAGUCAGUCGGGCCGCCUCUUCGAUCCGCGGCGCGCAAGCGCGCCCUGUUUGAGCCGCGCUAUCCUUUUGAAGGCUCGAGUUCGUGAACCACAGCGUGGACUCCGGCGCUGACAGCUCUCGUUCGCGACUCGCUGAGUUUUCUUUUCUCGGCGUUCGCAAUCUGGUGACGCGUGCUUGGCACGGAGAGCGAACGGAAUGUCGUUGGGCACCGUCGUAUCGCGCGACUUCCCGGAAUACCAGCGCAUAGCUUGCGUCGACGACAGUGUCUCUUCGCUUUAAUACUUCUGAAUGCUCCAGCGUAGCCUUAGUAUGUCGUAACUUAAUUUCUAAAAUGCGCGGAAAAAUAUCGCGCGCGGUCUCCCGGGCUCAAGGUGAGAUGGAAGUUCAAGCAGGAGACACGCAGACUUGACAUUUGCAGUCUUCACUCAACGUAGAGGACUUUCACCAGCCUUUUGACUGAAGCGGCGAGAUUAUAGUGCUCCUUCUAUAGUGGAACUACUUCGAAAGUAUCUGUGGAUUACUUCACCUUGGAAUACGCUUCGCGGCUGUCGACGUCUCCUGCAAUGCUUCGUUAAUGGUACUAAUCGGCCGUCGAGCUUCCUUUGCCCGCUACCGUAGAAGAAACGUCACGGGUGUUCGCACCACAGCAGCCCAUGUCAGUUCCUGUUCCGGAUGAUGACCAGAUGGACGCCACGACGGUGGCGAGUAGAACGGCACAGAGGUGCUGGUCUUGUCUUCCGGCUCAUCAGGGCAGUGUCACUUCUGGUCGCCGUGCUCACCGUCAUAUUCUGGACGCAGGCUCUUUAUCGAUUUUCCGGUAUUUCCGAUCAAAAUGUAGAAGAAGGUGACGCGGUUUUUCCACCGUCUGCGAAAACUCAUUUCACAGUUGCCUUUGUAGGCGCACCUGUAAUAUCAAACACAUCUCCCAAGAGCGAGUUAUCUCGGAGACAAAAAAGCCCGUCAUUAUCACCAACAGCAAGACUGCACCUGCAGGACACGUUUAAGGAGCAACCACAGAGCGAAGGCGACUGGGUGUCCACCGACACCUACCCGAGGACAAAGUUAAAGGUAUUCCUCUACUCGGCGUACUUGGACAACCGCCUCGCCGUCCCGGUGGUUCGGGUUAUCGGCGCUUACGCCAGCGUCGGCGGCGCCCAAAUCUCCUGCAGACUUGAGUACGCCAACGGUGACGCCAACGUGGUCGCCGCUGCACAGAAGACCAUUAACGAGAACUGGAAGCUCAAGUAUGGCGCGGCCUUCUUCUCGUGUCCCUACUCGGACGACGCGGACAAUGCACCACCCAUUCGCGUGCGAUUGAAGGAGACCUAUGAGCUGCAGUGGAGCCCUUGGAUACCAGUAUGGCCCCUGGAGACGAGACCUGGCGAAGCGACCGGCCGCUUCGCGGUCUGCGUCAAGCCCCUUCACUACGAGUACGACAGGGCAUCGUGGCUGGCAGAGUUUGUAGAGUUCCACCGGAUCGUCGGCGUGGACCGCUUCUUCUUCUACAACCACAGCAUUGGCGCCAACGUAGAGCGUCUGCUACGGGUGUACAUUGGAAAAAGCGUCGUCACGAGUCUUCCGUGGAACCUGGACAUCAAGUCCCAAAAAGAAAUCCGCACCGAAGGUCUGUUCGCAGCUCUCAACGACUGCGUGUACCGCAGCAUAAACCACUUCGACUACGUCCUGGUGCUCGACCUGGACGAGUUCGCCGUGCCUAGGAAGGACGACAGCCUGCCCGCCAUGGUGACGAGGCUGAAGCGCCUCGCGCCCCGGACGAUGAGUUACGUGCUGCUGAACAGUUUCUUUUACCUGUACUGGGAAAACGACACGGCCGCCUACGGGGCCCUGCCGGAGACGUCCCCCCUGGAGAUCCCGUACCUGCUCACGCAGUUCAAGACUCGGCGGUCGAGGAAGGUGUUCCGAGUGGGCUCGCGCUCCAAGUACAUCGUGCGGCCGGUGGCGGCUGUCGAAGUUGGGAACCACGUCGUCUGGAGAUACCUUGGAGGCCGUCACCAGGCCACUCAGCGCGUGGCACCGGAAGACGCCCUGCUGCACCACUACCGCAUAUGCGAGUUCGGUGGCUUCGACUGCGUCAAGCAACCCUCCACAGUGGACCGAUCGGCGCUGCGCUUCAACACGUCACUUCUCGAGCGCGUGAACAGUGUGUGUGCACAGGCUUUUCCGGAUGGUAGACGCUGCCCCAAAGCUCCAGGCCUGGGAAGCCCUUGGUGACUGUGGAAGUAGUGGAAACCCCUCUCUCAUCGCGAAGUAGUAGCGGGUGCACGCAUGACGUGUUUUGCCUAUACGAACAGUUGCACAAUACAAGAGGAUGCGUGUUGUAGAACAGCUUCCUUAUAAAGCCGAGUUUGGACAUGUAGCGCUGUAUAAUUACUAACGCUAACUAACGCUGUAUAAAAGCACGCAGUCUAUAACUGUCCUCAAAGGUGGGAUAGCCCUGUGACGUUUACACGCACAGGAAAUCGGUGCAUGGUCGGUUUCACUUCCUUGCUUGUUCUCCUUCUACAGCUUAAUAAUGAAAACAGAGUUUUAUUUAGCGAGAGUGAACUGCACCAAUAAAAUUCAGGUUUUCCCAUUGAA